CUCACACUGACAAACACAAACCUCUGAACACGGAGAAACUGCGACACACAGCAGGUGUACAGCUCCACAAGACAUACAGCAGUCUGGAGAAAUGAACAGAAUCUCAGGACUGAUGAAUCUUUUACAGGACGAUGAACAGUUAGAAAAGAAGAUCCACUGAAGACUGAAGAAAGGGAUGAAGAAGAAAACACAAUAUCAACAUGUCCAGGAAAGAAGACAGAGGUUCAGCAGAGAGUGAAGAUGAACUGAGGAUUGUUCUUCUGGGAAAAACUGGAGUUGGUAAAAGUUCAACGGGAAACACAAUCUUAGGACGAUAUGCAUUUAAAGCAGGAAUAUCUGAAGAAUCUGUUACUAAAGAGACUCAGAAAGCAACAUCUGAAAUCAAUGGCAGACACAUCACUGUGAUCGACACUCCAGGACUGUUUGAUACUGAACUCACUAAUGAGGAGAUCCAGAGAGAAAUCAGACGCUGCAUCUCCAUGAUUCUGCCUGGACCACAUGUGUUCAUCAUCGUCCUCAAUUUAGGACAGAGAUUCACUCAAGAGGAAGCAACAUCAGUGAAGUUCAUCCAGGAGACGUUUGGUGAACACUCUCUAAUGUUCACCGUGGUGCUCUUCACCAGAGGAGACUUCCUGAAGAAUCAAAUCAUUGAUGAGUGUUUGGGUAAACCUGGAUCUAUGGUUAGAAAACUGCUUGAAAUGUGUGGAAACAGAUUCCAUGUGUUCAACAAUAAUCAGCCUGAAGACCGAACACAAGUGUCUGAUCUACUGGAGAAGAUGGACAACAUGGUGAAGGCAAGCGGAGGAAGCUUCUACUCAUGUAAGAUGUUCAGAGAGAUGGAGAGAGAUAAACAAGAACAACAGAUGAAGAUCCUGAUGGACAGAGUCAGAAAAACAGAAGAAAAGAUAAAGAAACUAGAAGACAGAAUGAAGAUGGAGGAAGAACAAAAACAGAAUCAGGAGAAAGAGAGAAAGAGAAGAGAAGCAGAACCAGGAACAGAGAACAGAGAAAUACGAGAAGAGAAACAUCAGAGAGAGAGACAAGACAAGAUGAUGAGAGAACACCUAGAUGAUUUAGAGAAGAGACUGAUAGAAGAAAGAAACCUGAGAGAAGAUCAACUAAAGACUUUUAAAGAGCAACUGAAACUCCUUGAAGAACAGCAUGGAGAAGAACUAAAGAGAAGUAUGGAGUGGAGAAAGGAAUACAACAGAGAGAAAGAGAAGAUGAUGAGGAAAAUUCACUCUGAAACUGACGAUUCACUAAAGGUCGAAGCCUACAGGAAACUGGAGACCGAAUACAGCAAGUGGUCCUGGAGUCUCAGCAGUGCCAUGCUGGAAAUUGAGAACAAACUACACAACCAAAUAGAAAAUAAAGCAAUUCAUGAGGUUGAGGAAACUGACCUUCAAACUGAACUGAAGACGACCAGUGAAGAAGUGGACAAAUCCAUGUCAGAGUUCUUUGAGAAAGACACAGAUAAAUAUAUACUGAUUCAGUGGAAAACAUCAUUUGAAACCAAAAUCAAGGAGCUUCAGGAAAACAUGGUGAGAGAAACAAAGAAGAAAUUAAAUGAUGUUCUUCAGCAAAGAGACCAGAAGAAAACUAUUGAUUCUAGAAAGACACAACAUGAAAACACUCUCUAUGAAAAGAGCAAAAAACUGGCCUUCAAAGAAAUCAAAGAGGAAACUAUGAAGAAAGAGUUUGGUUUUUUUUGGGAGGAAAGUAUAAAGGAGAUCAUCACAGACACUCCUCCAAUCAGAGACAUCGACAUAAUGAAAGAUGUGAGAGAGAUCUUUAAAGAUGUUAAUGACAGUGUUUCUGUAGAUGACUGCAGGGAGAACAGCACGUUCACUGUGCAGAGUAAUUCAGAUAAUGUAAGGUCAAAUAAAUCAAGUGGAUUUACAGAAGGUUCAUCAAACGCUCACAUGUCUACUGUUGAGAUGUUUCAUUGUUACAUUCAGUCUAAAGAUGACAAAGUCCAGAUCAGAUCAUUAGUCUCAGAUGUUGUUGAGCAGACAGACAAAAUGAUUCAGUCAUUUAACAUUUCAAAGGUGGGCUACAACAUCAGCCUCAUUCAACAACUCACAGAUUACAUGAAGGCAAGAUUUAAAGAAUAUCAGGAAGGAGCAGUGAAAUAUAAGUUCAGUAAUGAAUUCUUCAAUGGUUUGGUUUAUUCAAUAUGUAGAAGAGCAAACAAGACAAUCACUGACCAACACAGACUGUUCAGAGAAGACAAUGAUCCUGAAAUAUACUUAAAGAAGAAGAGAGAAGAGUACUAUAGUAUUUUUCAGAAAUACUGUCAUGGAGCAAAACCAGCUGCUAUUUUUGGUCACAUCAUCUGUCAGAAACUGAAGGAGCCCAUUGAGCAGAGCGUCUACAAGAAAACUGCCAGAGAUUUAGCAGAUGAAAUGAGAUCAAACUGUAAAUCACUGAAUAGAAACAGAUCAAAUCUGGAGAAACACAUCCUGAAGACACUGGCAGAAGAGGAGGACUUUGACAAAUACAUGAACUACAUUGAAAAUCCCAGAGGUCAUUUCAAGAGUUUCAUCAGAGAUGAAGUCAGUCGCUACAUCAGAGAUAAGUUCAGAGUCAGUGUUUUACCCAAGAUGAAGGAGAACAUUAAACUCCUGCAGCAGAAGAUCAUGAACGCAGCACAUCAAUCUACUGAACAUGUUCAAGUCAACAGUGGAGAUGUUGGUUUGUGGUUGAAGAGUUUCACACAGCAGCUCUCAGAUCAGCUGAUCUUCUCUGAAGAAGACCUCAGGGGAGUCAAACAUGAUGAUGUUGAUGAUUUCAGACUCCUAGAAGAUGUGAUCAGACAAGAGCUUCCUGCUGUAGUGUCAGACAUUAGCAGCAGAUUCAACACAGACACAUUUCCAGUAAAGCUGGACUAUAAGUUCAGGCCAGAUGAGCUUCUGAUUGAUCACUUCUGUCAGUGUUUCUUUCCACAGAGUGAAUGGAGUUCGUGGAAAACUUUACUCUCAAACACAAAAUCUCUGUGAUAAUAUUUGUACAUGUUUAGUGGCAAGUGAACACAAUUUUUGACAGAAGUAAGUUUCCUCUGGAGAGAGUACAGACGAGCAGGAGGGGUUUUGUAGUCUGGAGCAUCACGCAAACAGAAAUAACCCAAAACAGAAUGCUAUUAGAAGUUUGAACCAAUACAUUUAAUGAUGCAAAUAAAUAAACACACAGUUCUCAUAUCUCACACAAACACUAAAUGUUAGUAAAUAUUAAAUGGUUUGAUGUAUAAGGCUCAAACUGAAAACAAAAGUAAAACAAUCUGUCUGGGCCCGGUCCUCUCUCGGCUUCCUCUGCCAUCGUUCCUCCUCUUAUAGUCCAGAGUUCCUUCCGUGGGAUUCGAGGCCGGUGUGCACCUCAGGUGAAUCCUCUUUCAUGGCGGCCUCAUUCCGUUCCCACGGCUCUCGGCCCCGCCCCCUCACCACAAAUAUAUUUAGCUUUUUUAUAAAGCAAGAAAUCUGAAAACCUUUUCCAUUAACUUUCGAAGUAGGAAAAACAAAUACUAUGGAUGCCAAUGGCUACAGGUUUCCGGCUUUCUUGCUUGAAAAAGACCAUAAAUUAGUCAAUAAUUCAACUCUUUAUAUUCUCAUUAAAGUUGAGAAUCUGAUCAAUUCACAUAACUUGAUUCACCUUCAAACAUAAAAUAAUAUACCUGAUUAUUUUUGUAAGAUAAUUUGGAUAUCUUGAUCUCCUGAUUUCAUCAGAAGCUGAAAACUUAAGAUGGACACUCCGGUCUUUUCUCUUUUACAAGGAAUUCACAAAAACAGCCAUUUAAUAAAACUAUUAACUUUCUAUUCUGAGCAGCUGAUCUACAAGGAAGCAAGUUGCUCAACUGUCUGUUACCGAUCAUGUGACCCCCUCUCUACCCUCAUUAACCAGAGCUCAGCUCACACACACUUCACACAGAAUCUUCAUCCUCUUUAUAUGGUUUAUCUAAUGAUUCUUUAAGUUUAACUUGUCAUGUUUUAUCCUUUUAAAUGUCUCUGUGUGAUUGGAAAAUUGUCCCAAUUUUGCAGUAGUCAUUUAUAUUAUGAGAAUGAUUGUCUGUUUGAGUUGUCUAUUUUGAGUUUAACAAAGGUCUGUCCUACUGAAGUGUGAAUUGUCUUUUAAUUUUGAACAUUUUACUCCAGGUAGUGAUUAGUUUUUAGAGUAACAUUUGACCAGACGGAGGUCUUGGUUUUUGAAUAGAUAGAUAGAGUAGACAGUCAGGACUCAGAAGACUCUUCGCGUGUUAAUUAUUUUGUUUUCACAUAGUUAGUUAGCUAGAUGCUUCUGGGAAGUUAGAUUUAGUUUGGGUUUUGUUCUUUUCGUUUCUUUAGCGCCGCCCAUGUCCCGUCUGCCAGCUCUCCUGUUUUUCCCCGUCUUUAUAUUUGUCUCAGUGUUGUAAAUAUUGUAAAUAGUAUAUUUUGGCCUUACUUUAUUUUCUUUAUUUUGGAUUUAUUUGUUGUUUUUGUUAACUUUUGGGAAUUAUAAAUAAAAUCACAAUUUUGGUAUUA